GACUUCCGUUAAAACUAAAUUUUAAAAAAGUCACUGUGGUGUGCAAAACAAGAGAUUUUCCCUCAGAAGAACGCGCAUCACUAGAAAAAAACAGAUGCGGGCCCACAAGCGAUGGGAGUUCCCACGGGAGUACAGGGCGUUUAACAUUUGUCAGCUUGUGCAUUUACUUUGCUAGUACUCCUUUUAGCACCUUAAUAUUAGCCACCGACGUUUAAUUUAAACUUUCUUCAAGUUUAAUUUCUUUAAUGAAUGCGUCGGACAUAGACAUAUACGACCUCGAUUUCGAAGAGGCUAGUCCUUCUAAACUGAACGUUAACUUUGAAGGAUCCCCGAAUUCUCUUGAGAACCCAAGCCAAGUUGAUAUAUAUGACUUUGAAGAUUCUGUUGCGGCAUCUAUAUACAAGCAGAGCGUUCAGCUUAUAAAUUCCAAUUCUCCUCAAAUCGGGAAGGAGGAUAUUAAUACUUUUUCGACUGGGUCUGCUAUACCGAAAAACUUCGAGGGCAAAUCUUAUAGAAAAACUCCGCCGCCACGACGGGCUUCGCCAAUUUUAAAUCUUUUAGAUGUCCAUCGCAACAAAAAUUCAGUUUUUGCUCUCAAAGUGGAACCACUUUUGUGGUGGGUGAGCGACGCUUUUGUAGAAGAAAAACUUCACGCCGCUGGAAUCAAUAAUAUUGUGUGCAUUCGUUUCAUUGAGUAUCGCAGUAACGGCUCCUCUAGCGGUACUUGUAUCAUUGAGUUUUCUGAAGAAAGCGAUGGAAAAAAGGCGCUGGCAGUGCUUACGGACGCAAAGUUGCCUAUAAGUGAGCCGGACGGCGAGGUUGUCAUCUAUCCCGUCCCCGUUGCAGAAGUGCCGAAGAUGUACGCAAAGGGCGCCGAUCUUUACAUAAAGCGAUUAGAUUAUCCGGAACCUCCAAUUUUUCCCCGGAUGACCGCUCGCUCGAGAAACACACGGGGCAGGAGUCGCGGGUUGACCUCUUCCGCGCAGCAACCUCCUUACCUUCCUCCGGAGCCUGACAUCUGUUACGGAGGCGAAUGGUCGCGACCGCGUGUUAGGCGCGCUGCGGGCAGAGGAGGAGGAAUUCCCCAGCAGUAUGACGGCGUGGAUGCACACGAGGAGUACUGGAGCCCUCCCGAGCAACUGCCAUGCCUGGACGGCCCAGUAACUCAGGACAGCUAUCCGCCUCUCGACGGCAGGAUGAGGAGCCCUUUUUACGACGAGCACGGCCACGAAUACGAGCCAGAUGAACUUAAUUAUCCCCCUGCCAGAACCCCCCUUGGACUACCGACGUACGAGGCAUAUCACAGGCGAGAGAGAUACAGCGAACAGCACGACUCGCCACUAUCCGCCCACCGUGUUUCCGUACGGGGAGUAUCUUCGACGCCAAGGGUACCCUACCGAUCACCUGUUCGCGAAUCGCCUUCCCACCUGGCUCAUGUUCCUAACCGCGGCUCCUCUCGUUACCACCCUGCAUCGCACGCGCCAGCGUACACGGAGUUGGUCGGCACGGGCAAUAGCUCCAAAGGCGGCCCCUACAGGACCCGCUCGCGGGAGAGAGAGAAGGAAAAGAGCCGUGCCAAGGAGAGAGGGCGCGAGAAACAUUCCUCUAAAGACAAAGAGAGCAGAAGCCACCACCGCGCUCACGAAAGAGAACGAGAAAAAUCGAAAGGACACGAAAAGGACGUGCGGAGCAGGGAAAGGGAGAAAACACAUGGCCACGAGCGGGAGAGGCCGCGUGAGAAAGUUAGAGAGCGUGGUCCCCGCUUCCGGCUCGACAAGGCCAGGUGAAGACACCUCAUCUUGCACUCAGCUUACUAUACAUGCGGAUUCUACUCAAACUACAUGAUUAGGACAUCUU